AUGGGUGGAUCGUGUUCAAAAUGUUGUGGAUCUGUUGUAUUACCAGCGAACAUUCCAUUCGAUGAAAUACCAGUUUCAACUACAAUACCAAUCGCUCCUAAACCGACACGUAUUAUUGAAAAUUGUAUUAUUAUUUGGCUUUUUGAUGAUCCAUCAAAUAAAUUUGAAAAUGAAAAAAGACAAUUGAGUCGUCUCAUUUAUGGAUUUCAAAUAUUUACGAAUCCUGAUGCAUGUAUUAAUUAUAUAAGAAAUAUUCAAGAUGAAAAAGUUUUUCUUAUUAUAUCUGUAACAUAUCAAUCUAUUCAAUAUAUUUAUGAUUUACCACAACUUGAAAAAGUCUAUGUAUUUGAUUUAUUUUCUAAUGAUGAUCAAAAUCGUACUUUACAAAAUAAUACUUUUCAAGAUAUUAAUAAUCUUUGUAAACAAUUACGAUAUGAUAUUGAAUUAUGUGAAUUAGAUCUAUUAUAUUUUUCUGUUAUUUCAAAUUCAUCACAAGAUAUUAAAUCAUCAAUGAUUUUAACUAAACAAGAAGCAUCAUUUAUUUUUAUACAACUUAUAAAUGAAAUAAUAGCACGUCUAAAAUUUGAAAGUGUUGCUAAAGAUGUUUUCGUAGAUUUUUGUCGAAAAUAUUAUAUAAAUAAUCCUGAACAAUUAUGUUAUAUAAAUGAAUUUGCAAAAUAUUAUCGUCCACAUUUAGCACUUGAUUGGUUAAACAGAUCAUGUUUUAUUUCGAAAAUAUUAAAUCGUGUAGAACGUACACAUGAAAUUGAUAUUCUUUAUAAACUUGGCUUCUUUAUUAAACAUCUUAAUAUGCAACUAGUACGUUUACAUGAAGAGAAUGAAUUACUAAUGAAAAAUAUCUCUAUUGUCUAUCGUGGUAAAACUAUGUUGACUGAUGAAUUUGAUAUAUUAGUAAAGAAUAAUUGUGAUGGACUUUUAUCAUUCUCUAAUUUUUUUGUAACUACUAUGAAUAAGGAAAAUGCUAUUGAUUUUAUUCAUCGUCGACUUGCAAUACAUCCUGGUAUGCUUGGCAUUAUUUUCGAAAUACAUAUUGAUCAUAUGAUAUUCAAUGAAGAAAAGCCUUUUGCUUUACUUAAAGACAAUUCUAUGGAAAAUGAUGAGAUCUGUUUUAGUGCAGGUACUGUUUUUCGAAUUGAAUCAAUCAAACAAUUUAAUGAUAGUUCGUUAAUAAUUUGGUUCGUAAAAUUAAAAUUAAUUAGAAAUGACGAUUCACAGCUGAAUCAUCUCUUGAAACCUUUUCGUACUAAUGAACUACAUGAAAAUCCACUUUCAUGUUUAGGUAAACUACUUAUGGAUAUGGGAGAAUAUAGACGUGCUGAACAAUUCUUUCUCGAAAUGUUAAAUGAUGCCGCUAUUCUAAGCCAACCUCGUCGUCUUGUACGUCUUCACAUUGGUCUUGGUGCUAAUUAUAUACAUAAAGGUGACUAUGCUACAGCAUUAGAAUAUUAUAAACAAGCACUUCAAGUAAGCUUAACGUAUUUAUCAUCAGAUCAUUGUGAUCUCGCUCCUUUGUACAAAAAUAUUGGUGAUUGUUAUUUAAAUCAAAAUAAUUAUAAUCAUGCUUUACAAAACUACGAACGAGCAAUCAAUUUAAUAGAGAAUAGUAUAAAAGCGCCAAAAGGUCAGAUUAUUACUGAAUUAUGGACUCUUGUCAAUAAAACACAACAAUUAAUUGAAGAAAACAAGUAG